GAAUUUCAAAUCGAAUUAACCCGACCCGUUAUUACGGAUCCAUAACAAAUCCCCUUUGCGCCGUGAGGGUUUUACGAUUGAGCAGAACAAGAAGCUGAACAAAAAGCUUUUGGGCAUCAACCCUCGAGAGACCAGACUGAACCAACAUCAUUCGUAAUGGGAUCCUACAAGUGUGCAAUGGAGUUAUUGAGGAAAAAUCAAGUAGAUUUGAUAAGGGUUUUGCCCAGGAUGAGAUUGGGGGGGCAGAGGGCUUUCCACAAGGAGGAGGUCAAGGCAGAUCAGUUGCUGGCAGUAGUAAGAUCAGGUUUUGCGAGUCAAUCUGCUGCUCCCGGAAGCCAUUUGACUAGGGGAAUAGCCGGAGCUAAUGGAAUUCCUGUUCUAUAUGGAAGGUAUCCCACCAGAGAGUUUAUGCAUGCUUCUUGGCCACAGUCACAACACACAAGAAACUAUGGAGCAAGUACCACCAUUCCUCUCUUUAGCAAAUCCUUUUCAUCAAAAGCUACACGGAAACAGCAACAAAGUUCAUCUGAGAAUAAGAAAGAUGUAUCUACUGUAGAGGAUCCUUUCGAUGCUCCUACAUACAACAUCCCAGAAAAGCCCGUGACGUUUGUAGAGGGAGCUUCCUACAGUCUUGUCAUUCUUGCAGGGCUUGGAAUUGCUGUUGCUGCAGGAUAUGCUGUUUUCAAGGAGCUUAUUUUUGAACCAAAAGAGUACAAGAUCUUUAACAAGGCUCUUAAAAGGAUUCAAGAUGAUGCACAGGUUAGGAUGAGGGUCGGAUAUCCUAUUACUGGAUACGGUCAAGAAAGUAGAAACCGUGCUGCUCGCCAACGCAUUCCCAACAGAGUAUGGCACGAUGAAGAAGGCGUAGAGCAUGUAGAGGUUAACUUUCAUGUUCGCGGACCCCAUGGAGCCGGGAAAGUAUUUGCGGAGAUGUUCAAAGACGGAACAGACAAGCAAUGGAAGUUCACGUAUUUGAUUGUUCAGAUACAAUCACCUUCUCCGUCACAAUUGAUUCUAGAGUCUUAUCUGCCUUCUUACAACACAGCCAACUAGUCGCGACGCAUGCUCACUUCUGUACCAAAAUGGCAUCGGGGUAGGAUCGACAUAGAGAUAGUCCUGUUAAUAUUUCUUCUUCUUUUUCCCUUAAUAUCCUGAAAAUGUUGAGCAUAAACUUGUCCCUUAUCUUCCUGGAAAGCUUUAUUUUUUAGUCCAUGUUUUAAUCAACUCACAUGAGAAUUUCUUGUACCUCAUUAUUUAGCAGGGAAAAUUUGAAAUGGUUUGUUCCUUCCUA